AAAAGAUUUGUCGUGUCCUACGGGCCAUCUGGCAUAUCUACCCAUGAGUGCCAUGCAGCCGCGCACGGUGCUUCGGCAGACAACGCUGCCACAAGCCACCGAGACGACCCCGCUCAUCCGUCGGUUCUGCCUCGUGAACUUUGUGCUGUGCCUCGGUGCCGCGCCAAUGUUCUUCGUGUUUGCAACCAAAGCCAUGACCUUCCAAGUGCUCUACGUUGCCGGUGGGGCGUUGGCCAUUUCGUCGCUCCUUGCCUCGGCCAUGGGCAUCUUGAAAUCCACACCAAGUCUUGUUUGGAGCAUGAUGUUUGCCGUCGCCGCCGCGUACGGACUCAUCAGCGCGGGAGGUCUUUGUGUGUUGUACUUGCCUUAUGCGAGCGCUGAAUUGACCAGUGCCACCGACUCGCAGUAUGCCAAGAGUGUCGUGCUACCGAGCGAGCUCAAAUCCCAAGCUGUGGUGGAGCGACUGUACCUCCAAGUGGGCGGCGCGGUUCAGCUCGUGCUAGGCCUCAUCGCGUCGUAUCAAGUGCGCCUCUUGUUUCACGUGUUGGGGGAAAAGCGAGCGUCGGUGGCCUUUCUUCAGGCAUUUAGCGCCUUCAUGAUCCCCCUCUCGCUGUUGUUUAUUGCCGGGGGGCAGUACAUCAUUUCAUCGCAAACGUUGGCGUCAGCUCCGUACACUGGAAUCUUCAUCUACAUUUGCGGGCUCAUGGUGCUGGUGCUGUCGUUGUUGGCAUUCAUCGGGUCCGGGUUCGAAUACCGUCGGCUCCUCAACACGUUUAGCUGGCUGGCGUUUCUCACCGCUGUCUUGUUGAUCGGGGCGGCCGUUGCGUGUUUGGCAGUCACGUCCAACGUGGAAAAGUCCGUGAUCAACAACUGGGCCACCAUUCGAGUCGUGUUGCCGCCGACGCUCCAAGCGCGCUACGACAAGAGCCAGUUCGUGCUGUUCGUGCAGCGCAACUUGUACGGCAUGGCCUACGUGGGCAUCAUUUCCGGCUUGUUUAUGCUGUUGCAGAGCUUAUCGGCGCAGUCGAUUCGAGAGAUCAUGAACGUGGUCAAACGCCGCGCCGCCCAAGACAAACGAUGUGCUUUGGACCCGGAACUCCAUCCCGAAUUCGUCGCUCGCCGUGAAUGGACCCUCCUGUUUAAAUCGUCCAAGCGCAACCAACGCAUUUGCAUGCGCGUGAUCUGUGGGGUCGCCACGUUGCUGCUGCUGGCCAUCACCGUCAUGAUGACGCUGAGUGUCGUGUUCACGACGCAGUGCGCGAGCAUCAGCAAGGCAGCCGAGAGCCGCUCGUAUCGAUUGGGCAAUACUACUACUCCCUGUGCGAAUUACCGCUUGCAAAACACGUUUGCUGCUGGACGCCUCCAGCUUGUGCGGAGUACGACCACGCAGGGCAACAUCACGUUCCAGCAAAACGCCGUCUCGGACAAGUUCUUGGCCGGACAAGCGUUUCAAAGCUCUGUGGACGCGGACAACGUGUGCACGGUCGCCGCCACCCCCACCAACUCGGCGACGUUUCUGUGGUUUGACACAUCCUGUCAGGUGGCCAAUGUCAAAAUCGAGCUGCCCAUGCUUGUGGCCGGUGGGCGUGUACCGUUCGUGUCGUUGGCAUCCAAAUCAACCGCCAUCGACAUCAAUUUGCUCCAGAAUGGGUCGUCCACGCUGGUGCAAGGGCUCAACGUGACGUCAGACCUGGCCAACAUCAACGGCUUUGGCGUGUACAUUGGUUCUGGAGGGCUCAGUGUCACUUCAACCUCGGGGGAAGUGAACAUGUCGACCGUGUUUGUGAAUGCCACGAGGGGGGCGCUGGGGGGCAAAACGCCAUCGACCCUAACGUCGUCGUUGGGAAGUGUGUCGCUUGCGAAUGCGACGCUGGUGGACAGUCCGCUGACAAUGUCUACGGACGUGGCGGGGGUCGUGGUGCAAAACGUAGCAGCGACGGUGUCCCAUGGCCGGAGCAAUGUCACCUUGUCCAGUGGAUCGGGGGGUAUUGUCGUAUCUGGGUUGACGGCGGAUUGGAUUUCCAUGCAAACGACGUCCGGCGCGAUCACCACGGACGGGCUCAUCUCUAGCGGUACGGGACCGUUCACGGGGCGUAUUGAUGUGACGAGCAUUGGCGGCGACGUGCGUCUGCUCAACACUGUCGCCAAGGGGUAUGUGCACGUGGAAACCAACUCUGGCAACGUGGUGGUCCACCUGGCGAGCACGUCGUUUGUGGGGUUGUACUAUGUGCGCUCCGAGUACGGACGAGUGUCGGUGCGGUAUUCCAAUUCAAGCUACGAUUCGGUCAAAUCGUUGCCGACGGCGGACCCCCGCGAGUCGCAGGGGCUGAUCAACUGCGACACGAGCUGCCACUUUGUUGGAGACAUUUACAUCCGAACGAUCUAUGGCAACAUCGACGUGCUCGUGGGGUGCAAAGAUACAACGUGUGCUUGAUCAUGCACACGACAACAAGGCAGCUUAUAAAGACUACAUAACCAUCGACUUCAGCUAUUGUUAUGUUGAAGUAGUUA